CUUCAGUCAGCCAUGAGUCAGCCGCAUCCAGCGGCCGAUAAUGGCGUUGUUGCGGGUGCCGUCUGUGCAUUUCAUCAGCUGUUGCUUCGGAAUAUAAGUGUGAAGAGACGUACUAAUUAACCACAUGCUCCGAGUACAGAAACGCGACCUUUCGUGCCAACGGAUCUAAAAAAAAAGCUAUGGGCGCGCCAGCCUUCAUGAAGGAAUUCCGCGAAUUCAUGAACCUGCACAGUGACGGAAGCCUGUUCGGAGGCAGUGCCCAGGCCCGGCUCGGCAGUUGUGAUAGCUGCCUGACCAAGUUCGGGCUGCUCAAGCGGCGCCACGCAUGCGACCAGUGCGGCACGGACUUCUGCGCGGCGUGCGUGCGUGGCCGGCGCUGCCCGCGCUGCCGGGCGCUGGCAGCCGGCCGGCCCGCACUGCUUGCGCUGCGUCCUCGGGACCUGCGCGCGCUGCUGCACGCCCGGGGCCUAGCACCACCGCUGGGGGCUCGCGAGAAGGCCGAGCUCGUCGACCUGCUGCUGCUCGAGUCUACCGCCAGCCCGGAGGCUUCCACAGGAGCAAGGGUGGAACAAGAAUGGCCAGAGCAGCCAGGUUGGACAGAGCGACCUCCAUGGUCGGAGCAACUAGAAAGGCCACAGCGUCCAGAACGGCCGGAACAGCGACAAUGUUCAGAGGUGCCAGAGCACGCAGAAAGGCAAGGAGAACGAGCUGAGGUGCCAUUACAGGCAGACGCAACACCCACAGCUUAUGUUCCACCACCCCGAUGGGGUGGGCCAUUCCCUGGCAUGUCCUCUGAGGAGCCUGUUCCAGAACCCGCUGAGAGCAGCAGCAGUGGCUCUGGAAAUGGUGCAGACAUACCACCACCAUCGGCUCCACAGUGUGAAAUGGCUCUUGAACAUUAUGAAAGCUUAGAUGAGCUGGGCCAGCUCACGGUGAUGCAGAUGAAGCUUAUGCUGACACGCAACUUCGUCGACUACCGUGGCUGCUGCGAGAAAGCCGAGCUGCUUGAGAAGCUAAGCUGGCUGUGGCAACAGAAGCGCAAGCAUCAAGGGGAUGCAUUGUGCGAAGAGGAUGUUUGUAAAAUCUGCAUGGAGGGCUGCGUGGACUGUGUGAUCCUGGACUGUGGCCACAUGUGCACCUGCACAGGCUGUGGCAAGCAGCUGAGCGAGUGCCCUAUCUGCCGCCAAUAUGUUGUACGCGUCGUGCACGUGUUCCGUGCGUGACCCCAGAGGAGAGGGGAGCAGUACUGUAUGGCCAAUGCUGCUGACAUCAAGCUGUGCUUCUGCAGAGAACAAUAUGUCCAGAAGUGCAAGGACUUGCGAGAACAUGUGCAGCAGAGUGAUAAGCUCCAAAAUGGACAAACUCUCUGGUAGUACACAGUUUUAAUCUUGAGUUGGCAUCGAAACAGCAUGUGCUGUCACUGCAGAAUGCUGACGACCGGAGGUGCAGUUAUAGUUGUACCCAUAAUUAGUGACAGUUUCUUGUAGGCAAGCAGCAGACUGUAUGAGUGCUUUAAAUUUGUUCUUUGUGGCAACAAGAGCAGACACACCAUCAAUGUCGAGGCAAGCAGAGGUGGCUGGGGUCUGGCGAUGUUCUUGGGCUGUAGCAUCCUACGCUUCCAGGUUGUGGUGGCAUUGCUUAACACCACAAUAUUAAAUUUGUGCAGUGUUAUGCCCUCCAAGGCAACUUCCUUUGCAUGCUGCUAAUGCUAUACUGCUGUGUUCCUUGGUUUUAUUGUAAUUGUAAGCAGUUCUGCAGGAGAUAGCAGAAAAAGAAUAAGACAGGCUGGAUUUUUUGUUUAUGGUAUUUCAUAAUAUUAUUACUGUGGUGUUGCAACCUACCUAAGGAAACAGAACAAUCAACAAUUCUAGUGUGUCUAGUUGCUGUAGGUAACUGAAUUUUCGUUCAUCAAUUUUAUUACUGCUUGCAAUGUGUUGGAGUCUUUUAAACAGAUGUGUAAUGGUAAUGAUUGCAAGAGGAUUUUGUUAUGGCUUUCUUGCUUCUUUAUUCUGCACUAUAAAAAAUUGGUAACAUGACUGUAUUGUAACGAUUCUGAUUAUGGUAAUCGAAGGUGGACAUAAACACUUGUGCUAUUGUACACCUGUAAAGGUUAGUACUCAUUUGCUUUUUGUAAAGAUGCGCUGCAAUUAUUUGAUGUAAUAGAAAGAUGUCUUCAGGCAAUAGCUGUUUCCUUUCCACUCUACAAACCUUUAGUUCCUUCUUGAGAUUCACUUAUCUGCUGCAGCUGCUCAUAAGAGUGUAGUUAAUACAUUGCUAUAAUAUUGUAACGUCUUGAUGAGCAUUUUUCUGUGUAUAUCACUCAGUAAUGAAUUUUAAUUCAAGUUUGUCACAAUCUAAGCUUCAUUUGAAUGACUAGUAAUACUGGAGGCAUGAAGUCAUCGCAUAAACAGUAUGUUGGUCAACGUGAAGCAGUUGGAUGCUUUGUCUGGGGCAUUAGGAAUGCUCUUGUACAAUUUCUUACAAAAGUAAAAGUGUGUGAAGUCAGCAGUUUGGUGGCUCCCACGUAAUGGUGAGGGCUGAAAAUUAUUUUCGUCAUGAAAGUUAAUCUAUUAUUGAAGUGGCACACUGGGGGAAUUGCAGCGUAACAUCAUCAGUUCAUACCUGACAAAAAUGUGGCAUAACUACGCACUUCAUGGCAGUACAGUACACACCUACCAGUAGCUACAAAUUGUAUUUUUGUGUGCUGCCACCAAUAAAGAAAUGAGAUGCUACAA